AUGAUUCAGGUACUAAAUGAGGCAGUGGCGGCGCUUAUGUACCACUCAAUCAAACUCGAGAAGGAGGACUUGGAGAAGUUCAAAGCAUUGCGGGUAGUGGUGAAGAUCGGCUACGGCUUCGACAACAUCGAUGUCAAAGCGGCUACCGAGUUAGGUGAGGAAAUGAUCAUGAGUGAAUAUCGUUCGCACAUGAGUGUAAAAGUUGUUUUUCCAAUAUUUGACUGGAGAAGGGACGUGUGUAUGCACUGCGAGCAGAUCGCGCUUCCCUAUCGACUAAGUAAUAAAUGCCCGAGGCCAGUUAGCCCAGUAGAGCGCCUUUCACUCAGCAGAAAUGGACGCAAAUGCUAUUUGAGGUUUGGGCAUAUCCUGUGA